GAUCGCUGCGCUCCCUCUUUGCAGUCCUCGUCUUAUAGAUUGACAAUGGCCAGUGAAGCUCGAGGAAUGGAACGCUAGCGGUCGCUGUGCUCGCCCAGGCAUCGAUCGGUAUACUCACAUGUCCUCGGGGUCUUCUGCAAAACAAGCCGAUAAGCUUUCCAUAGAGAGCACAUCGUACGGUACUGGCCAUGGCUAGGAGAUCGGCAGUCAAUGUCAGUGGGGAGGACUUCUCCUUCGUUAGCCCUGUGGUCAAGUACCUGCUGUUCUUCUUUAACAUGCUCUUCUGGGUUAUAUCUCUAGUGAUGGUGGGAAUUGGAGUCUAUGCUAGGCUCUUGAAACAUGCUGAGGCUGCUAUGGCUUGUCUUGCGGUCGAUCCUGCUUUACUUCUUAUAGCAGUUGGUAUUUUGAUGUUCCUUAUUACCUUCUGUGGCUGUAUUGGAUCUCUACGAGAAAACAUCUGCCUCCUGCAAACUUUCUCAAUCUGCCUGACAAUAGUCUUCUUGCUGCAGCUGUCCGCGGGCAUUGUGGGUUUUGUCUUCUCCGACAAGGCUCGGGGGAAAGUCAGUGAAGUGCUUGGCAAUGCUAUUGUGCACUACAGGGAUGAUCUGGACUUGCAGAAUCUUAUAGACUUUGGCCAAAAAGAGUUUAAUUGCUGUGGAGGCAUCUCCUACAAAGACUGGUCUCAGAACAUAUACUUUAACUGUACAGCAGAAAACCGAAGCAGAGAACGUUGCUCGGUGCCCUUUUCCUGUUGCCUGCUUGGGGAAGAUGAGACUGUCAUAAAUACCAUGUGUGGAUAUGGCAUGCAGGAAUUAGACUAUUUGGAAGCAGGACAAUAUAUUCACACCAACGGCUGCAUUGACAAGCUGGUUAACUGGCUGCACACUAACCUUUUCUUGCUGGGUGGAGUGGCACUGGGACUGGCCAUUCCUCAGCUGGUUGGAAUUCUCCUUUCUCAGGUCUUGAUUAACCAGAUAAAAGACCAAAUAAAACUUCAGAGCUAUAACCAACAGCACCGGUCAGACCCUUGGUAUUGACAAAGGAACAAACAUGAGCGGGCAACACUGCUGUAAGCAAGAGCUACUCUUCCAGAAGCAGGCAGGAGCCACAAAGGAAUCUGUCACCGGAUUCCCAGCAAAAGGAGCUAGCUAACUCAGAACAAAGGCCUCACAAAAGGAUCUGGAACAGCCAAACUCUAGAAAUGACUGUUGCUUGUUUUGCCUGAAGUAUUAUGUAAUGUAUUUCAAGCACUUAAAUUUACAUUUGAAGGUCAACAUGCAAGAGCGCAAAGCCAGCAUGGCAUUAGAGAUGCUUUAUUAGCUGAGUUACUUUUUUCGUACAAGUGAUAUUUUGGGGUUAAAUAUUUGUAUAGUAAUGGUGGUCCCAGUACAGCAUUUGGAUUCGCUAAACAGGCAGAUCUAGAGGUAGACAAUCCUCCAGAUUAUCAUAUUGUAUCGGUACCAGUCAUUUUAAUCCCAGA